AUGAAGGCUCAACUUGUUAUCCUACUCAUUGUUAUGUGCUUGGCUUUUGAAUGUUAUGCCGCUCCUCAUCCUCGCGACUUUUGCAAUAUCGUUCUCAAGGGACGGAACACACACGAAACUGGUGAUGGAACUUCCGGUUGCUUCGGUCUUGACAGCUCUGACCCGAUAAAGAAAGUUAUACUUGGCAAAGCUGGCAGUUCGUUUAAACUUUUCAGCGGCUUUGGCUGUAAAGGAAGCGUCGUUCGCCACGGUUCCAGCAAUAAAUCAUUUAACCCUGCUGUCAGGGCUAAUUCGGUCAAAUUGACCUGUCCUUCCACUCCCACUCCAUAG